CCUGGAUCUAAUUUUUCUUUUUCGGUGGGCUAAUCGAGCGUGUACAUUGUUGUGAUAAACAGAAUUAUAAAUCGCAGCAAUGGUACGUAUGAACGUUCUUAGCGAUGCACUUAAAUCCAUUAACAAUGCUGAGAAACGUGGGAAGAGACAAGUUCUCUUAAGGCCUUGUUCAAAAGUGAUUAUUAAAUUUUUAACUGUAAUGAUGAAAAAAGGGUAUAUUGGAGAAUUUGAAAUUGUUGAUGAUCAUCGCAGUGGUAAAGUUGUAGUAAAUCUUAGUGGAAGGCUAAACAAAUGUGGUGUAAUUUCACCUAGGUUUGAUGUUCCAAUUAAUGAUAUUGAAAAGUGGACCAACAACCUGUUGCCAUCUCGACAGUUUGGAUAUGUUGUUUUAACCACAAGUGGUGGAAUUAUGGAUCAUGAAGAGGCUAGAAGAAAGCAUCUUGGAGGCAAAAUACUUGGAUUUUUCUUUUAAUGUUUAUUUAAUUC